AUGUUCACGUUUGGCACGGCGAACGCCUCGGGUACUACCACCGUCUCACUCCCUCAGCCUCGCUCGAGGGUCUGUCUUAGUCCCUCACUUGAGGCGUCCAUUAAGACAAUCACGCACGGUCACAAAAUUCUUAACGAAAAACUCGGUACCGUUCCGAAAACCGUUUUGGGUCAGCAUCAAGCCAUGCGUCAAGCAUUUGUUCUGCUGGAGGGCCCUGUCGAUGGUGAGUCCAAGUUCACCUUGUGGUAA